AUGCAUGCAUGCAUGCAUGCAUGCAUGCAUGCUGCUGCUGCUGCUGCUGUUUCUGUUGCUGCUGCUGCUGUUGCUGCUGCUGGUGUUGCUGUUGCUGCUGGUGCUAGUGCUGCUGGUGCUGGUGCUGCUGCUGCUGCUGUUGCUGUUGCUGCUGCUAUUGUAGCCGGGGUGCUCUUCCCCCCCAAAGCAUCUGCUGCAGCAAGCAGCAGCAGCAGCAGCAGCAGCACAGCAGCACCACAAGCACCAGCAGCAGCACCAACAGCAGCAGCAACAGCAACAGCAGCAGCAGCAGCAAUAACAGCAGCACGAACAGCAACACCAGCACAAGCAGCAGCAGCACCACCAACAACACCACCAACAGCAGCAGCAGCAGCACCAGCAGCACCAGCAGCACCAGCAACACCAGCACCGGCACCAGCAGCAGCAGCACCAGCACCAGCAGCAGCACCAGCACCAGCAGCAGCACCGACAGCACCAGGAGCAGCACCAACAGCACCAGCAGCAGCAGCAGCACCACCACCACCACCACCACCAACACCAACACCAUCAUCAUCACCAUCAUCAUCAGCAGCAGCACCAUCACCAGCAGCAGCAGCAGCAGCACCAUCACCAGCAGCAGCAGCAGCAGCAGCAGCAGCAGCAGCAGCAGCAGCAGACUGA